UAUUAAUAGUAUAUAUCAGCCCUUUCCACCGCGGCCAGCACUCACAGGGACUCCGGUGCACUGCGGGAGGGAGCACGUAUCACUACACCAGAGGAUUCAACAUGCCCCAGUACAAGCUGACAUACUUCAAUCUGCGAGGACGAGCAGAAAUCAGCCGCUACCUGUUUGCCUAUUCAGGCAAGAAGUAUGAAGACCACAGGAUAGAAGCAGCAGACUGGCCCAAAAUCAAACCAACUAUCCCAUUUGGUAAAGUCCCCAUUCUGGAAGUAGAUGGAGUUAUCAUUCACCAGAGCCUGGCAAUAGCAAGAUACCUAGCCAGAGAAUCAGGUCUGGCAGGUCAGACGCCUGUGGAACAGGCACUAGCUGAUGCCAUUGUGGACACCAUAGAUGAUUUCAUGACGCUGUUUCCCUGGGCAGAGAAAAACCAGGAUGUUAGAAAAAAAGCAUUUGAUGAUAUCCUCACCAACAAAGCACCAGAGUUACUGAAAGAUUUGGAUACUUUCUUAGGGGAUAAAAACUGGUUGGUAGGGAAGUCUGUAACAUGGGCUGAUUUCUACUGGGAUGUGUGCAGUACGACACUUCUGGCCUGCAAACCUGACCUGGCAGACAACUACCCCAGGCUUUUGGCUCUCAGAGACAGAGUGCAAGCACUUCCAGCUAUUGCAGCCUGGAUCCAGAAAAGACCGAAGACUAUAAUGUAGAUCAGCUGUUCAGACUGGAAAAAAACAAAGCAUGUUUAGUUUUCAACAUGACAAACACCCUAAGUUAUUAAUUGUGGAAUCACUUACAUUAAUUUCAGAUGGGUAUGCUAUAUACCACAUAAAAAAAUCUACCACUUGUAUCCAUUCAUAAGAGAGAAUUAAAAAAGCUCAUUUAGUAGAGCAGAGCCUGAGGGAGGGGUGUGGUUUUCAACUACAUCGUCCCCUACUACUAAUAAAGUGCUUAAUCAACCCAA